CGAUGACAUAGCCAGCGCGAUGAAGGAAAUCAGACGUACCGAGGUGCCCCCGCCGGGUGUGGUAUCGAAGAAGAAGACAAAAUCGCCUCAAACGCCUUCGAAACUUCAAUUGAGCACAGAGUUCGUGGGCAGCAGCGACGACUCUGGAACCGAAACAAUACCGAAGGCAAAGCAGGGCAAGAAGCCGUCGAAAGGGAAAACACCCGUUACAAUAGGGGUCCAUAAGCCUGGAGUGAAUGGUGUGCCAAAGAAGAGUCAGAAGUCAACUCCAAUUUCCAUUGCCGCAAAGAAGAGGGCGAAUCAAAGGAAGGGCACACCCUCAUCGAGCUCAGACGACAGCGAUAAUGCAAAUAAUCAGAGCGUAGAUUAUGAGCAGUGGCAAAGAAAGGGCGAUAAGUCUGAGGGCUCUUCAAACGAGAGUAGGACCAGCUCGGACAGUUCGAGCGAUGACUCGGACAAGGAAGAAAUUAACAAGGCAAACCAACGCAGCGCGGAGAAACAAGUAAGAGCUGCACAAUCACACACUGUCGAGUUUCUGCCCGCGCAACCAUUCAUCCCUCCCAAAGGCUUCACCGCUGUCCCAACACACACCAAUCCCUCAUCGCAAGCGCUGAAGAUUUUUGACAACAUAGAAGGCAAACAAAUUUGGCAUAUCACAGCACCUGCUUCUGUUUCAUUGUCAGGAUUGAAAGAUCUAGCUAGCGACAAAGUGUUGAAAGGGGAGCCUAUCCUUAGCUACAACGGUACUGACUAUGGUUUCUCUGUUGGAGAAGAAAAAGAGGAAGCUACGCGAAGGGUACUAGUGCCUAGCACUGUAGGAUACAAGGCUGUCCCCACGCGGAUAUCGCAGACACUCCAUCUACAACAGGUGAUCCGAUUACCCAAAGUAAGCCCCAAGCAAGCAGAUACAAAUACUACAUCAGCCGCUGCAGCAUCCAUAACCACCAGCACCGUAAGAGCUCCACGGCCACAAGUCAAGGGCUUGCGGAUGCGCUACUUCCCAUCUGGGUUCGGCCUUCAAGAUCCUGGAAUUAUCGGCUCUUCGGAGAGCGAGGACGAUGUGCCUGUAACGGCUGGGCUGGGCAUCCCAAAUGGAAUCCACCCCUCCCAAAAGCGCGAGAAGCGGAAGUACGAUGAAGUGAAUGGGACGGAGAGAACUGAGUCUGCGACUAAGAAGCAUAAAAAGCAUAGGACUCCAGAAGAGAUCAAGAAGCGCGAAGAGAAGAAAGCAAAGAAGGAGCGAAAGAAGGAGAAAGGGUCGGCGAAGAUGAAGUAAUGAACUCCGUUUUUUAAUACUGGACCUGCCAGUCGUGCGAGAUCUUGGAGGCAAAGAGUAAUUACGUGUGUGUCUAGUGUGAUUCUGUAGACGACUCCAUGUGUCUAUGAGUGGACGAGUGGAUGAAGGGGUAGCGAAAUGCUGCACCUCAUUGGCAUGAGACCGAAGACGCGAUGAUCAUCAGCUUGAUGUAGGGGGAUAAUGGUCGUCUUCGAGGGGGCAUUCUGAAAAUGCUGAAGGCUGCAUGCUCGGCAUCCUUCCCGAGUCGCGUAUGGCAUUUUCGGAUACGCAGGGGAAGGAUUGGAUUUGCUCAGGGCGCGUGAUCCAAACCAGGUGAAUGUCCAAGGAUAUUUGCAUUUGAAAUG